AUGAACCGUGAAGAGAUCGUCGUCGACGCGCAUUAUCCCGAUCAUUAUGAAGAAACGAUCGCCGCCGAUCCAUCAAUACAUAAAGGACGAUUUCAAGACCUCAUUGCGCUAGGCCGACAAUUCAGACGCAAUCAUAGAGAGUUCUUGGCAGAAUUCAUUGGAACACUGAUUCUGGUCCUCUUGGUCAACGGUGUCACUGCUGAACAAACGCUGGGAGUAUCCGCAAACUCUUGGUUGACUGUCGCGUACGGAAAUGGUAUGGCUGUAUUGUCUGCUAUUAGUGUCUGUGGUCAUAUUUCGGGUGCACAUAUGAAUCCCGCCAUCACCAUUGCCUUGUGGCUAUUUAGCAACUUCCCCGGCCGCCGUGUACCCACCUACUGUAUAGCACAGCUGCUAGGUGCAUUUUGCGGAUCCGCACUGCUCUAUACGAUUAUCACACCCGCCAUCCAUCAAUUUGACGGUGGAACACGAUCUAUCCUUGGCGAACAUGGAACCGCGACCAUAUUUGCAACCUAUCCACCGCUCUACGUAGGCAUUGGAACCGCGAUCGCAUCCGAGGUUGUCGGAACGGCCUUGCUAGUAUUGUUGGUGAUGACCACGGGUCACCCGAGCAAUCGCCCAUUUUCCUCGAUGCAAGGCGUCAUUAUAGCGACCGGGCUCUCGUCCAUCUUGUUGUCGAUCGGAUACACAUCUGGAUUUUCGUUAAACCCAGCGCGUGAUAUCGGUCCUCGAUUGUUUACAGCAUUGGCUGGUUGGGGACUUGAAGUGUUUACGGUCGGUAAUUAUUAUGCGUUUGUGCCCAUGUUUGCACCACUUCUCGGUUCUUUCGUAGGCGGAAUCGCUUAUAUGAUCUUCAUCGAUCAUGGUGUGGAAUAG